UUCAUCAAAGUGUGUGAGAGACCGGAGCCACUCAGCAGCCCAGGUGUCAGGGGGUACAAAGAAGGCUGGGGCUUCCUCUUGGGCUCCCCCUUCAUCACAACACGUGAAGAAGGUUGGGUCCACUAUUGCUUUCUCUGGGGUUGGUCCUUCAUCUCGGAGUGUGAAGGGGACUGGUGCUGGUAUGGCUGAUUCUAGCAAACCUUCCUCAUUACAAGGCACAAGAAAAUCUGGGUCCACUUGCAUUAAAGGAUGCUAACAAGUAAUCUUUUUCUUCUAACGAAUAAGCACGUGCAAUAGACUUACAGUGAUACAUUUGUUUUGGGUGAUACACUGACUUGGGCAUAAUGUCCAUGGAUAUAACUUUUCUGGGAACAGGCUCAGCAUAUCCAUCUCCAACAAGAGGAGCUUCAGCUUUAGUCAUUCGUAGUGAAGGAGAAUGCUGGCUAUUUGAUUGCGGAGAGGGAACUCAAACACAAUUUAUGAAAAGCCACCUUAAAGCAGGUAGAAUUACUAAGAUAUUCAUAACUCAUCUUCAUGGGGACCAUUUUUUUGGUCUUCCUGGUCUCCUGUGCACAAUUAGUCUUCAGAGUAGUUCUACUGCAAGCAAACAACCUGUUGAUAUCUAUGGACCAUUAGGACUACGAAACUUCAUUUGGAGAGCUCUGGAACUCUCCCACUCGCAACUUCUCUUUCCAUAUGUGGUUCAUGAACUGGUACCUACACCAGAUCAGUGCCCUGCAGAAGAAUUUAAAGAACUAUCUUACCUUGACAGAGAUGAAGUCUCUUCCAAAGAAGUGCAAGGGAGAACACUUCAGCUGGAUCCUGUAGAAAACUCCUACAUGCUGGUCAACAAUCAGCAAUUUGUUAUGAAAGCAUUUAGAUUAUUUCACCGUAUUCCUUCCUUUGGAUUUUUAGUGGAGGAGAAACAGCGGACUGGUAAACUCAAUGCACAGAAGCUAAAAGACCUUGGAGUUCAGCCAGGCCCUAUAUAUGGGAAACUGAAGAAUGGUGUUACGGUUGUCUUAGAAAAUGGAGUAACCAUUUCUCCUUCAGAUGUCUUGGAUGAGCCUAUUCCUGGAAGAAAAAUUUGUAUUUUAGGUGACUGUUCAGGUGUGGUUGGAGAUGGAGCAAUGAAACUCUGUUACGAAGCAGAUCUGUUAGUUCAUGAAGCCACACUGGAUGACACCCUAGUGGACAAAGCCAAAGAGCAUGGCCAUAGCACUCCAAAAAUGGCAGCUGAGUUUGCAAAGUUGUGUAAGGUUAAGAAACUGGUUCUGACUCACUUCAGUCAGAGAUAUAAACCAGCUGGUCAGAUUGGAGAAGGAGAUAUUGAUGUCAUGGAACUGAAGAGACAAGCAGAAUCAGCAUUAAAUGGUCAAGGAGUAAUUUUAGCUGAGGAUUUUUUGACGAUAGAAAUUCCAGGGAAAAAGCAAAAGUAGCAUCUAGCUUUAUAAUACCACACAAAUUAGCUUGCUGUUGAACUGUGAGUUUACAGCUAGGGCUUCAGGUAUCCAAAUUUGUUCCUCAGUUUCCAGAUGAAGAAGUUGAAUUGCUAAGGUGACAUGUUCAGUUGCUAGAGAAUGACUAAGGGCUGGAUUUACUUGCUAUAGAGUUUUAAGGCUCAACUCUGCAAUAUGCUGAGUGCCUCAGCAACUUUAAUGGCAGUUGAACUUGUUCCACACCUCUGAGAAAUGAGCCAUUGUAGAAUGGUAUUGCUGUUAACUUGCCCUCCUAGAAAGAAGGGAGAUGGAAAAGCAGAUUACUAGUCAAACUCACUGCCUUACGUGAAAUAGGUGUGCAGCUACCUAAGCAAGGGGGAAAAAAGAAACUCAUUCUUUGGUUUAUAUAAAUAUACCUAUGGAGACAAAGCAAAUUAUUUAUUGAUCAUCUAAACACUUAACUGCAAAUCUAAAUAACUUUUAAAAUAAAGUAUAUGGAAUGCCUUUAACUUAUCUUUUUGGAAUUAAGUGUUUAGGUGAUUGAUACAGGUAUUUAGCCAAACAGUCUGGAAAACUUAACUGUAUAGGCAGAAAUCUUCCAAACACUAAAUACUUUUUAUUAGAACUUCAGAUUCUCUAGUCUUAAGUCUUAAAAUAAAACUUUGCAUUUUUUGCAUCUUAUUUACAAUCCUCUGUGAAUCUUAGUGGCAUACCAAAGUAGAUAUUAUUUUUUAACUUUUCAACCUCUCAUGAGCUUUUGUAUAAAAUAUUUUCAAUAAUUAUUUAAAUAAUUUUAUGUAAAAGGAAUAUUAUGCAAUAAACAAA